UCUCUUCCUGGCGAUCUCCAUUCCAGGUCACCAUGGCGCACAUCACUACAGCACUCACUCUCCUAUCUCUGUGCUCCAUUGUGUUUGGCCAAUGGGCUGAAUAUUAUAUCACCACUCAGAAUGGGGGCAUAUGGGGAUCCUGGGGACCUAUUGAGUGGUGUCCACAUGGUUCUAAAGCCAAAGGAUUCGCUAUAAAGGUGGAAUCAAAGCAGGGAAAUGGUGAUGAUACCGCGGCAAAUGCAAUCCGUUUAUAUUGCUAUGACCGAAAUGACAAUUAUAAAGGUUCCGUCCAGUCCACCGAGUCCGGAUGGGGAACAUGGGGUAAUUCUGUAAAAUGUAGCAAUGGCCACAUUCAGUCAUACAAAGCCAAAGUGGAGGAGAAUCAGGGCAAGGGAGAUGACACGGCUCUCAACAACAUCAUCGUGCAGUGCUCCAACGGCCAACAACUGGAGGCGCACGGAGGCCCUUGGGGGUCAUAUGGAGUUUGGAGCAAGGGUUGCAAGUUCGGCGUCUGUGGGAUUAAAACCAGGGUGGGCCUGAUCAGGGAAAUGGAGAUGACACCGCCCUUAAUGACUUGCAGAUGCAUUGCUGUUGUGAAUGAUGAUGUACCAUUCCAAAGUGUCUAUCUCAUACUUCUCAAUUCGUCCCAUGGACCCAAGCACAUUUUGAGCAACUCUCACUCUGAAAUGGCUGCUGCGGUGUGUACUACAGAUUUCUUGUUUGCUGGGGGAUACCUGAGACUGCUCCAUGAGGCUACAAUAAACCAGGGCCAGAUGUUCCGGCUAAAUAGAACCAACAUUUUCCGUCUGUAUGACCUUGUCAAACUGGACCUAGACCCUGAGACAGCACGCUCUCGCUCUAUCUCAGGCCUGCGCAAACUCCUGGCUGUGUUUCACUUUAUGGCUACUGGGAGCUUCCAGGCUGUGACUGGCGAUGUUAUUGCAAUGGCCACAUUGAGUCAUACAAAGCCAAAGUGGAGGAGAGUCAGGGCAAAUGGAGAUGACACGGCUCUCAACAACAUCAUGGUGCAGUGCUCCAAUUGCCAACGAAUGGAGGUGCACGGAGGCCCUUGGGGGACAUAUGGAGCUUGGAGCAAUACUUGCUGGUUCGGCGUCUGUGGGAUUAAAACCAGGGUGGAGCCACCUCAGGGAAAUGGAGAUGACACCGCUCUUAAUGACUUGGAGAUGUAUUGCUGUUCUGAGUGAUGAUGUACCACUCCCAACUGUCUAUCUCAUACUUCUCAAUUCGUCCCAUCAUGGAUAAGUCUAAGCUCAUACCAAUUGUGGUGGGUUGAUGUUCUGAGAUGUCCCAGAUAACCAAAACUAAAUAAAAGCCUUAACAAAUAAUAUAAGUACAUUUCAGAA